CCGCCGGUGCCGCCGGGCCCCAAGGUGCACGCCACCCGGGGCGAGGUGUGGCCCAGGCCCGCCAGCAUCCGGCGCAGCCCCGGCUUCUACCUGCUGCGUCCGCUGUCCUUCUACUUCCAGAUCACGGGCAGGCGGUGCGCGCUGCUGGAGCCCGCCACGACGCGCUACCUGCGCGUGGUGCAGGCCGAGGCCGCGGUGGCGGCCCCCAGGCCGUCCAGGGCGCACCGGACGCGCGCCGAACGCAACAGCUGGGCGCGGGCCUGGCGCACCGAUCCGCUGUUCCGGGGCUACCUGCGCUCCCUGCAGGUCGAGGUGGAGGACUGCGAGGACUGGCCCUGGCCCGGCAUGGACGAGUCCUACCAGUUGGUGGUGGACGACAGCGCCCCGGGCGCGUCCAAGAUCAAGGCCCGCAGCGUGUGGGGCGCGCUGCGGGGGCUGGAGUCCUUCGUGCAGCUGCUGAGCCCCAGCGACGACGGCGCCACGCUGCUGGUGAACGUGACCGAGGUGGACGACGCGCCCCGGUUCCCGCACCGCGGCCUGCUGCUGGACACGUCGCGCCACUUCCUGCCCGUCGAGGACAUCAAGCUCGAGCUGGACGCCCUGGAGGCCGUCAAGAUGAACGUGCUGCACUGGCACAUCGUCGACGACCAGUCCUUCCCGUGGCAGAGCUCGCUCUUCCCCGAGCUCAGUGAGAGUGGAGCCUACGACCCCUCGCAGACGUACAGCCCGGAGAACGUCCGGGACAUCCUGGAGUACGCCCGCCUGCGCGGCAUCCGCGUCGUCGCCGAGUUCGACACGCCGGGCCACACCCGGUCCUGGGGCGAGGGUCGGCCCGGGCUGCUCGCCGCGUGCCACGACUCGUCCGGCCGCCCCGACGGCACCUUCGCCAACAUCGACCCCACCAAGCCGCAGAACCGCGAGUUCCUCAAGCAGCUCUUCGGCGAGGUGGCGGCCGUCUUCCCGGACCCCGUGCUGCACCUCGGCGGCGACGAGGUCCCCGAGUUCUGCUGGAACAGCGACCCCGGCGUGAGGGCGUACAUGGAGAACCGCGGCAUCAGCGGCGACUACCGCCGCCUGCAGUCCGAGUACCUGCGCUGGCUGACGCUCGAAGUGCAGCGCCUGAACCGCACGCCUGUCGUCUGGCAGGAGGCGUGGGAGAACGGCGACUUCGCCGCCAACGAGGUCAUCGUGCACGUCUGGCUGGGCGACGCCAUGGACCUCAUCAACAAGAUCACCCGGCGGGGCUUCCGCGCGCUGCUGUCCGAGACCUGGUACCUGGACCACCUGCAGACGGGCUGGGAGGCCAUGUACCGCAUCGACCCGCACAACUUCGCCGGCACCCCGGACCAGCUGCGCCUGGUGGAGGGCGGCGAGGCGUGCAUGUGGAGCGAGAUGGUGGACGCCACGAACGUGCACUCGCGGGUGUGGCCGCGCGCCGCCGCCGUGGCCGAGCGCCUCUGGUCGCCGAGGACGACGCGCGACACGACGGCGGCAGCGAGACGACUCGAGGAGCUGGUGUGUCGCCUCAACCGGAGGGGCAUCCCGUCGUCGCCCGCCAACGGCCCCGGGUACUGCCCGCGCUAGAAGCGGCGGCAGGGGCACCCGGGGCACCGCACCUCAAGCUCCAAAACUGUGCUCAUUUUUGAUAAGUUGUGUGUUGUGUUGGCGUUUGGAUGUGGAAACGAAAGAGAAAAUAGAUAAAUAAUAAAGUUAAUUA